CCCACGCUUCCGGUCCACCUUAUCAGUUUCUCCUUGGUGCCAAUAUGAAUAUCGUCGAAUGGGCUUUUGGAAAGCGGAUGACGCCUGCAGAGCGUCUCCGCAAGCACCAGCGGGCGCUUGACAGGACACAACGCGAACUUGAUAGAGAACGAACAAAGCUGGAAAACCAGGAAAAGAAACUCAUACAGGAUAUUAAGAAGAGCGCAAAGAAUGGACAGAUUGGGGCCUGCAAAAUUCAGGCCAAAGACCUGGUACGCACGCGAAGAUAUAUCCAAAAGUUCUAUCAAAUGCGAACACAACUACAGGCUAUCUCCCUGCGCAUUCAAACCGUUAGAAGCAACGAACAGAUGAUGCAGUCGAUGAAAGGUGCGACCAUGUUACUGGGGAGCAUGAAUCGGCAGAUGAACCUCCCAGCGCUACAGCGGAUUGCGAUGGAGUUCGAGCGAGAGAACGACAUAAUGGACCAACGACAGGAGAUGAUGGAUGACGCAAUUGACGAAGCAACUGGGAUAGAGGGAGAGGAAGAAGAAGGCGAAGACAUUGUCAAGGAAGUUUUGGAUGAAAUUGGGGUGGAUCUCAGCCAGGCGCUGGGAGAGACUCCAUCGGGGAUACAGAAAGAGUCGGUCAGUGAGGGCCGGGUGGCUCAAGCGAUUGGUGCUGGUGGUGCCGGCGGCGCAAGUGACGAUGACGACCUCCAAGCAAGGCUUGACAGUCUCAGACGAUAACUACGACAGUUGUAGGAUCAACAUAUGAGUCUUCGGAACACACUUACAAUCUCUUUGUUUAUCUGCGUCAGUGUACGAGCCCUGACUUGUCGACGACAGCCUAUUUCUUAUCAUUAAAUCGACGAUGACACAUACCCUUAAUGUUACCAGAGGAGCGAAGCUGAACGAACCAAUUGAUAUCGCGAGUUGGUCUUUAAGACUAGCUAAUUCCAUCCUAGGCAGUCUCUUCAUUU